AUGCUUAAGGCUCGUGUAGAUAGAUUUCCAGAAGAACCUGUCUUUGGAUAUAGACAUAAGAUUAAUGGAAGAUUUGGUGAUUAUGAAUGGUUAAAUGGACCACAGACUAUUCAACUUGUUGAUUCUAUUGCAGGUGGACUAGUUAAUUUAUUACAUUUAAAGAAAGGAGAUACAUGUGGUAUUAUGACAAGAAAUAGAUAUGAAUGGUAUAUUCUUCAAUUUGCUAUGCAAAGACAAGGAAUUAUCAUAAUUCCAAUGUAUGGGACAUUUGGUAUUGAUGCGUUAGAUUAUAUUGUCAAAAAAUUAGAAUUAAAAUAUCUAUUUUGUUCUCCCAUAAGUAAAGGGAUUGAACUUAUUGAAAAAAAUCCUAGUUUAAAACUUGCUACAUUCGAUAAAUUAACUGAAAAAGAACUUGAAGAUGUUCCAUCAAAUCUUAAGAUUAUUACUUAUGAAGAAAUUCUUACUUUUGGACAAAAUCAUCCAGUUGCUAUUGACCUUCCUUCUAUUGAUGAUACUUAUUCUGUUAUUUUUACUUCAGGAACAUCAGGAAAUCCUAAAGGAGUUGUUCAUACUCAUAGAACUAUUAAUAAUGCUGUAUGGUCUUUUUGUUCUUGUGGAUAUUUUGAUAAAGACGUUGUUUUAAAAGGUAAAAUUAAUUAUUCAUAUUUACCAUCAGCCCACGUUUAUGAUCAACAAAUUGUAUUAUCAUUUGUAUAUGGAUAUGGUGCGGUUGGAUUUAAUUCUGGUGGAAUUCCAACUCUUGUGGAUGAUUUCCAACACCUUCAUCCAACUUUUCUUAUUACUGUUCCACGAGUACUUCAAAAAAUUUAUGACAAAUUUAUUGAAACUGUUAGUGCUUCUUGUAUUGCAAAUACUGUCUAUAAAGUUGCUUACUAUUACAAGAGUCGUGCUGUACAUGAUAAUACAACAACAUUGAUUAAUUGGGAUGCUAUUAUCUUCAAUAAAAUCAAAGAAAUGUUAGGUGGUCAAUUAGAUGUUAUUUUAAAUGGAUCUGCUCCUUUAACACAAGACCUCUUCCAAUGGUUAAGAGUCUGUACUGGUGCAAAGAUUUUCCAAGGAUAUGGUUUAACUGAAUCAUUUGGAGGGUUUUGUACUGCAGCUCCAGGUCUUCAUGACGAUAACCAUACAUCAGUUGGAUCACCUUGCAUUGAUUGUCAUAUGAGACUUGUUAGUAUUCCUGAUAUGGAUUAUGAUGUUCAUGCUGAAGAACCAACUGGGGAAAUUCAAAUUAAAGCGAAGCAAAUAUUUAAGGAGUAUUAUGGAGAUGAAGCUAUGACUAAAGCAUCUUUUACAGAUGAUGGAUAUUUCUGUACUGGUGAUGUAGGACGAAUUAAUUAUGAUGGAUCAAUUAGUAUCAUUGAUAGAAAAAAGAAUUUAUUUAAGUUAGCACAAGGAGAGUAUAUUGCUGUUGAACCAUUAGAAAAUUUGUAUGGGCUUUGUCCAUUACUUCAAAACGUGUUUAUUUAUGGUGAAAGUACAGACACUUUCAUUGUUGGUAUAAUAGUUCCAGAGAAAACUGAAUUUAUUAAAUUCCUUCAAACACAAUGCCAAUAUGAUGGUAGUUCUGACGAAGACCUUAAAAGCUUUAUUGAAAGAAAAAAUGUUAAAUUGUGUGUAAUGAAAGAGUUAGAAAACCAUAUUAGAAACAAAGGAGUUCCAGGUUAUGAAGUUCUUAGAAAUAUUUAUAUUGAAUUAACUCCAUUUAGUGAAGCAAAUAAUUUACUAACUCCAUCCUUCAAAUUAAGAAGACCUCAAAUUAAAAAGAAAUAUGCUGACAUUUUAAAUAAAUUACGGAAUGAAGUGAUCAACAACGAACUUUGA